CUCUCUCUCUCUCUCCUGUCAUCCGGUCUUAAAGCCCAUCUUCUCCCUCUCUCUCUCUCUCUCUCUCUCUCUCUCUCUCUCUCUGUGUUUGGGGGGUUGUUAUAAUUAAGUAGCAAAUUGGUGUUGGGCGCUGCAAUCUUCCUGGGAGAGUGGGAAAUGGGACGUACUCCAUGCUGUGACAAGGUGGGCUUGAAGAGAGGACCAUGGACACCUGAAGAAGACAAGAAGCUCUUGGCCUACAUUGAACUACACGGGCAUGGAAGCUGGCGCGCGUUGCCUGCUAAAGCCGGUCUCCAGAGGUGUGGGAAGAGCUGCAGGCUAAGGUGGACGAAUUAUCUGCGACCCGAUAUCAAGAGGGGGAAGUUCAGUUUACAGGAAGAACAAACCAUCAUCCAGCUUCAUGCUCUCUUAGGAAACAGGUGGUCGGCCAUUGCAACUCACUUGCCAAAGAGAACGGACAAUGAGAUCAAAAACUACUGGAAUACGCAUCUCAAGAAGCGGCUGGCCAACAUGGGAAUCGAUCCGGUCACCCACAAGCCCAAGAACGAUGCCCUCUUGUCCAUCGACGGUCACUCCAAGAACGCCGCCAAUCUCACCCACAUGGCCCAGUGGGAGAGCGCCCGCCUCGAAGCCGAGGCCAGGCUCGUCCGACAAUCCAAGCUCUUGCGUUCCAAUUCUCUCCCCCACAAGCUCACCUCCCCGGCUCCUGCUCCGGCUGUGCCAGCCUCUGCGUCGCCGCCGCCGUGUCUUGACAUGCUGAAAGCUUGGAGCGAUUCCAUCGCCGGGCUGGGCGGCGACCUGGAGUCUCCGACCUCGACGCUUAGCUACUCUGAUAAUGCGCCGCCUUCGACGGCGUUUGUUGAGUUUGUGCCCAGUUCAGGGUCCUGCGACGGUGGAGUGCUCGAGAAAGAAGAGCAGUUUCCGACCCAUUUCCCGGAAUUCAAGAACGGAAUGGAGGACACCCUGUCGUUCCCGUCGGGGCUUCAAGAUUGGACUGUUUCUGCCGUGGACGACAGGUGGACGCCGGAGCCUUUCAGAUCGGGCGGCCAUGAGAUUACGCAUGUUAACGGCGGAAGCUUCAUGGAGAAGUUUACCGACCAGCUGGUCAGUAACUCCUCCGGUGGCCGAAGUGGCGGUGACAGUGACUACUAUGAAGACAACAAGAAUUACUGGAACAGUAUUCUUAAUUUGGUGAAUUCUUCUCCCCCAGAUUCACCCAUGCUCUAAUUAAUUGUAACCGAAAUCAUCCAUGGAACUCUCUCUCUCUCUCUCUCUCUCUCUCUCUCUGGUCUGCAUCAAUUAUUAAUAACUCCUUGUCUUAGCAAACCCAGAUCUUUGGAGUCAAUUAUGUUCAAACAAUAUAUAUAUAUAUAUGUACAAAACU